CAUUCCUUUUUCUUAUUGUUUCCCAUGUUUACUUUUCUAUCUCAAAACCUUGAAAAGUGCUCCAUAUAUACAUGGAACUUUUUCACUUCCUAAACCUCCAAGGGCUUCCUAUCUUUGUUGUGUCCUUGUUUUGGGACUCAGUGUUUCAUGUCCAUGGGGUAGAGAGAGAAAGAAAGAAAAAAAAAAGUUCAAAUUAGAGAGAUGUUGCAGAGAGCUGCAAGCAAUGCAUACUCAUGGUGGUGGGCAAGCCAUGUCAGAACAAAGCAAUCAAAAUGGCUCGAACAAAGCCUUCAAGACAUGGAAGGAAUGGUGGAGAGUAUGCUUAAACUCAUUGAAGAGGAUGGAGACUCCUUUGCCAAGAGGGCAGAAAUGUAUUAUAAGAGAAGGCCAGAGCUAGUAACCUUUGUUGAAGAAUCUUACCGAGCUUACCGUGCCUUGGCCGAACGGUAUGACCACUUAUCUACAGAGUUGCAAAAUGCCAACAACACCAUUGCUACUGUUUUUCCAGAACGAGCCCAAUUAGCAAUGGAUGAAGAAGACAACUAUGGUUCUUCUAGAGCUCCAAAGAAUCUUUCACAAGCAUCAACAAAGGUUCCAAAGUUUCCAAGUAGAGACUUGAACUUAUCACCAGCAUCAAAGAAACUGCAAAACAAGGAGUCAUCAAAAGAAGUAAAUGUUAGUAAAACUGCUUCUACUGAAUCUGGUUUGAGCAACUCUGAGGCAUUUGAUGAGGUUGACAAGCUUCAUAAAGAAAUUUUGGGCCUACAAACUGUGAGAGAGUAUGUGAAGAGCUUUUAUGAAAGUGGGCUUGCAAAGUAUUGGGAAAUCGAGAACCAGACCACAGAACUACAAGAGAGAGUUUUCAACUUGCAAGAUGAAUUCGGGGUGACCAAGGUCAUUGAGGAUGAUGAAGCUCGAGCUUUAAUGGCAGAAGCGGCUCUACAAUCAUGCGAAGAGGUAUUGGCUCAAUUGCAGGAGAAACAAGAGAGGUCGAACUCAGAGGCAAGAGCAGAGUACAAAAGGGUUGAGGAUGCUCGAGAGAAACUUAGGUCCCUAAAGCACAAGUUUCUUCCUGACCAACAAGCUGACGAAGAAAAGACAAAUGUCGAAGAUGAAUAUGGGAAAGAAGGAGAGGAACCACAAUGCUUGAACUCAAAUGAAGGUGAUGUGACACAAGCGAGAGAUGAAUUGGACACUUUACAUGAGAAGAUUAUGGAGUACUUUGAGGUAGACUCCAAAGAACCUUUCACUGUGACAGAUCUAGCAGAGAAGAUUAAUGAGCUUGUGAGUAAGGUGAUUAGCCUGGAAACUUCAGUUUCUUCUCAAACAGCUCUUAUAGAUAGAUUAAGGACAGAAACCGAUGAUCUUCAAUCACAAAUUCAGAUCUUGGAAGAUGAUAAGGCAACUCUGAUAGAUGGCGCAAACACUUUGACCAACAAGUUGAGUGAGAUGGAGAAAAAGUUUGAUGGACUUCAAGAUCUAAACCAUAAUAUUGAAAAGCAAAGCAACAGCCUCCAAUCAGAUUUCACUGAAGCUCGUUGUAGUCUUGAUCACCUGUCGGAGACACUACAUAAUAUGAAGCCUGAUCAAGACCUCAAGUAUAUGGAAUCAUUACAAGAAGAAAAAGAGCUAUCUGCUCAAGUCAAAAUGCCAGAAGAGAUGGAAAAACACAAAGAUUUGGAAAGUCCUGGCAAAGAAACAAUAGCAGGGGACACAAAUGAACAGGUUGUAAGUAUUUCUGUCAACACUCAAGAAGAAAAGGAAGAAGAAGAAAAAGUCAUUCAAAUGCAGUCAUAUAAUGAUGAUGCAGAUACAAUUUCUGAGGCACAGGAAGACUCAAAAUCAUUGGAUAAGGUUGAUAAACAUGGUGUGUUCCAAACAACAGAUAAUGUUGUCAACACUGAACCACAAAAGGUGGCAGCAAAGAAAGUCGAUGAGCUAAAAUGGCGGGAGAUGCUCCUAAAUGGACUUGAGGAUAAAGAAGACAUUCUUUUAACAGAGUACAGUGUAAUUUUGAGAAAUUACAAAGACGCUAGGAAGAAGCUCGGUGAUGUGCAAAAGAGAAGUCAAGACAGCCUUUGUGAAACGACAGUUCAACUAAGACAACUGAGGAGUGCUAUUUCAAAGAGGGAUCAAGAAAUUAAGUCCUUGCGUCAAAAACUGAAUCUUUUGCAAGAAAGUUUUGCUGAAAAUAAGGAUUUGAUAGAAGACAACCAACCUGUCUCUAUUCUUCUUCCUCCUGAAAAGGAGGAGGAAAAAGAAGAAAUCAAAUUGGUUUUAAUCGACCGGCCUCAAUACAUCUCACCAAUUGAAGAAAAGCUUCGAAAGAAUAUUGAUGCACUUCAGGGCGACAACUUGGAUUUCUGGUUAAAAUUUAGCACUUCAUUCCACCAGAUACCAAAAUUUAAAACCAGGUUCCAGGAUUUACAAUCUGAAAUAGCAAAACUCAAGGAAAAAGAAAAGUUAAAUCUAGCAGGAAGUGCUACAACAGACAUAAAAUCAGAUGUCUGGCCACUAUACAAGCACAUGAGAGAAAUACAGACUGAACUAACACUCUGGAUGGAACAAAGUGCAUUGCUGAAAGAUGAACAGCAGCACAGAUUCUCAUCGUUGUGUAGCAUCCAGGAAGAGAUAACAAAAGCAUUGAAAGCAAGUGCGGAAGAAGAAGAAAUGACGUUCACUAGUCAUGAAGCAUCAAAGUUCCAAGGUGAGGUUUUAAACAUGAAACAAGAGAAUAACAAGGUUGGAGAUGAAUUGCAAGCAUGUUUAGAUCAGGUAAGUGCACUUCAAAAAGAAAUUGAGAAGACUCUCGCGACGUUGGAUGAUGAAUUUCAGCUCUCUACAUCAAAGAGCAACAAUCAAUCACAAGUGAAGCAGUCCACAGGCCGGCCUCGAGUUCCUUUACGGUCAUUCAUCUUUGGGACUAAAUCAAAGAAGAAGUCAUCAAUCUUCUCCCGGAUUAAUCAAAAAAUGAACCAUGAUCUUAGAGAUGGACUUCCAAUGUAAACUAUUAUUUUGAUUCAGAUUGUUUUUCCCGUUUUCUCAUUCCUCAGUGUGUUUUUAGGGAUGAUAGUGGGGUGGAUACAAAGGGUUUUCUUAUUUAUUUAUAAACCGAGAGGUAUUUGUAUUGUUGUAUAAAAAUAGACUUUGUUCAAGUUUGGAAGUAUCAAAAUAAGGACUUCUUAGCCA